CACCCAGAGAGGACGGGGCGGGGCGCAGGCGGAGGCUGGGCUGGCGCUGCAGCCAGAGAUGCUGUCGGGUCGCGACGGCGCUCAGCCGAUGGGCACACUGCAUUGAAGGCACCGAGGCGAAACGCACUGCCAGGCUGACUGGUAACGUGAAUUCUGAGGACGAAGAGUUUGAUGUCACAGACCGCUGAAUUUCUUUGUGUGGAGUACACGUUAUGAACCCUUUCUGGAGCAUGUCUACAAGCUCUGUACGCAAACGAUCUGAUGGUGAAGAGAAGACAUUAACAGGGGACGUGAAAACCAGUCCUCCACGCACGGCUCCAAAGAAACAGCUGCCUCCCAUUCCCAAAAAUGCUGUGCCCAUCACUAAGCCUGCGUCUCCAGCCCCAGUGGCACAGGCAACAAAUGGCACACAUGCUUCCUACGGACCCUUCUACCUGGAAUACUCUCUUCUUGCAGAAUUUACCUUGGUUGUGAAGCAGAAGUUACCAGGUGUCUAUGUGCAGCCAUCUUAUCGCUCUGCAUUAAUGUGGUUUGGAGUAAUAUUCAUUCGGCAUGGACUUUAUCAAGAUGGUGUGUUUAAGUUUACAGUUUACAUCCCCGAUAACUACCCAGAUGGCGACUGUCCACGCCUGGUGUUUGAUAUCCCCGUCUUCCACCCGUUAGUGGACCCCACCUCAGGUGAACUGGAUGUGAAGAGGGCAUUUGCAAAGUGGAGGCGGAACCACAACCACAUUUGGCAGGUGCUGAUGUAUGCCCGGAGAGUGUUCUACAAGAUCGACACGGCCAGCCCCCUCAACCCAGAGGCUGCAGUACUGUAUGAAAAAGAUGUUCAGCUUUUUAAAAGUAAAGUGGUCGACAGUGUUAAGGUGUGCGCGGCUCGUCUGUUUGACCAACCUAAAAUAGAAGACCCCUAUGCCAUUAGCUUUUCUCCAUGGAACCCUUCUGUACAUGAUGAAGCGAGAGAGAAGAUGCUGACGCAGAAGAAGAAGCCUGAAGAACAGCACAAUAAAAGUGUUCAUGUCGCUGGCCUGUCAUGGGUAAAGCCUGGCUCAGUCCAACCUUUCAGUAAAGAAGAGAAAGCGGUAGUGACCUAGGAGCUGGUGAGCCUCGUGCACCGCGCACUUUCCUGCCGGACACGGCCUGGUUAACGCUGACCGAUGGCCAGGGACUGCCUGAGAGUAAACUGUGUGAACAGUGACUGGUACCAGUGUCGUCCAUGUGCGCUUAGGUCUAACAGCCAGGUUCGGAAACCUCUAUUUAAGUGAUGCGUUACUUCUGUCAGAAGUGUCUUUACGGCGGUUAUCUAGUUCAGUACUCCAAAUUAUUGGGGACCUUGAGGCUUAAGUAUUUUUCUGAAUAUAAUGCUAAAGGUAAGUGGCAUUCAUUUAAACUAACAGAGUAGACAGAGUUUAAUUAGCACUACAAUGAUUUUGAAAUCAGUGGUUUCAGUUGUACAUAUGUUAGGAUAUGGAGAGGAGAGGUAUAGAGAAAGCAGGUUCUGUAGCUUAUUAGCACUUUUGAAUUGGAAGAUCAUCUGAACCUCAGUCUUCAGCCUACUGUCUUACUGAUUUAUAAAAUGCUAUCACUGAGGUACGUAUUGGUGUGAGAGGAAACCAGAACACUUGUUCAGAGUUGUUUUUUUUAAGCAAAUUACUGUAUUUUUUAUGGCAGGAAGGAGAAAAAGUGUUAAAACGGUUUCUAAUGAAGUCAAAUAUUUAAGUGAUGAAUGACUAAUGUGUUUUGUAGAGACAAAAUAAACCAAUAAAUGAUGGUUCUUUGUCAUUUAUGCAAGAAACUAAAUAUCUUUUUCUCAAUAUAAUUAAACAGAUUAACUUAUAAAUGCUUUAUUGAAAAAUACACUUAUUUUCAUAUAAAAUUACAGUAGCAGUAAGUAUCUAGAGAGGUUUUAUAAAUAUUUUUGCAGAACACUAUUCUAGUUGAACAGUGUAAGUUCCAUAUUUCUCUCAGAGCAAUAUGAAGUUACCUAGUAACUUUGUUUAUACUGAUUCAAUUUACAAUUGAAUUUUCUCCCUAAUAAGAUUAUUCAUUUAACUUGAAAACUGCUGGAACAAUAGUGAUUAAUAAAGGUAUAUAUAGAUAAUUCAAUAGCUGUUAAAUAACCUUUUCUAAUUUGUAUAAAUGGUACUAUGUACUAAUAAAAA